GAUCGCCCUCAUAUAUCCGUUUUCAAAAGGUUUUCUUCGGCAGUCAAGGUAAAAAUAAAUAAAUAAAUAAUUAUUAAUAAUAAUGUCAACCCCUUUAUUUUCCAUCAGGUAUAAUAUUGUGAGUGAUACUCGUUUUAGUUACCAUCACCACUUAUAGUCUGUCUGAUAGAGUCUGUGUUUGCAAUGCUGUGGAGUGGGCAAUAGCACUCACCCAUUUAUCACUGUUUUCUAUUAGGGGGUGCCUUGUGUAGUGUUAGCUGCCACUAUAGGGUUGUUUUGCUUCAAAGCUGCUUUUUGUAGUCAGAAUUCCAUUUUCACAUUUAGCUCAUGCAAAUAAAUAAAUAAAUGAAAAUUGGGGGAAAAAAGCAGUAUAUGAAAUAUGUUGCCAGUUAAAGUCCUGUUAUAAGAAUUUUCCGUGUAAAUUACACUGUAGUAGUUUGAGUUUAUCAAUAUGCAGAUAGCAGGCAGUAUUGAGGUGUCUGCAGAUCCAGGGGGGAUUAAAGAGUUCUGACAUUCUUACUAUGCGAUUAGAAUUGAUCUAACAAGUUGCAUUCAGUGAAUCAGAAUGUCAGGCAAGGCUCAUGCAUACAUAAGUCAAUUAUAGACUCAUCUUUAACCUCAUAAUACAUGUUGCCUGUGGGAUGGAGACACAGUCAAAAUACUAAAGGUUUGAUGGCUUUGGUGACAAAAGUAUAUUCUAUUUAUUGCAGGUUUUGCACCAACUAGUGUGCAUUAUUAUGGGCACAUGAUGGGAAUGAUCAUGAAAACAAUAUGGCAACACUAGGUAAAUGUUGAUACAUUGUGUACUGUGAAAAAAUAUAACUGUUGGUACUGGUUACAGUAUAUCUGUCUUGACUGUACUGUAUGAUCCUUGGCUGCAGAAAUUCACCACCAAACUUAUACGAUGUUUACCAAUUAUUUUAGCAUUUUACUUUGGCAGCAAUAAUUUACCUUGCCAAAUGUAAUUGGCUGGUAAAGUUAGCAUGUUCACUUUACAAAUCCCAUCUCCUUUUAAAGUGGAACUGUUAUUAUUAUUAUUAUUAUUAUUAUAUUUAUAGAGCGCCGUCAAAUUCCGCAGCGCUUUACAAUGGGUCACUGCAUAAUUUAGAAACCAACAAUGGUGACAUUGCUGCUGGGGUCUGGUGGCUGGGGGAGGGGGUGGUCGCAAUGAUGAGCUUUACUUACCUGAACCUGCCCCCUGCGGAAGCCGUCAUCAUCUUCCUGUCAGUCGUCUAUUACUCCUGUCACCACAGCUGCCAGGAGCAGACAUUACUGCUGUACUCUCGCCCAUGCACGAGAAUACAACAGUGUGGUCUAUGCAGGAUCCUCCAUUGAUAGUGUUAAUAUUCCUGCAGUGGUCACUGGUGACUGCUGCGAGAUUGACAAGUGAAAUGGAAAAAAUCAAUCAAAGUAUUGAUUAUUUCUUUGUGUAUCUGCCCCUGGCCAAAUCAAUGAAACAAUGCGUGCACGCUCCCUGAAGUAAUUCACACCAGACACAGGUUCCAGGUUGUUGAAUAACUUGAGGAAUGUUUAUUCAGAGGGGACUGCAGGUCCCUUUUAAAGCAGAAUUACAUCAUAAGCAUUGUCAGAGAUAACAUGGAAUAAUACAUCAAUAAUUGGUUAGGUGUUAAGUGGUCUUCCUAAUGCUCUGCCUACUAAGGCUGAUGUCACCAGGACCAUGAGGGUCUCCCACGGUUUCCCGGCGCCAUCUUGCUGCACGAGGUAGUUAGUCGGUGUUAAAGGGGAGGGGAGGAGGGGUUAGAAGCUUCUAGCAGCCAUCUUGAUUAAAACAUGUGUGUGUAUAGCUUUAUAUGGUAUAUCGUGGAAUGAGUAAAUAGACAUUUUUACUAACUAGGAAAUAUGUGCAGACCUUAUUUCCACAACAACAAGGCUUGAUGGAGGUAGCUCUUGCCAGUGUCAGGCAUUGGAAAAAUACUGAGACAAAGUAAUCCCUACUUUGCAUUUUGCAGGGGUGACCUUGGCAUUUAAACAUUUGGCAAUUUGUACAGUGCAUAAAUAUAAUGAAAUGCCUUAUAAAUGUAACUAGUCUCUUCAUGGGUGCUUCGCAGUAUCUGUAGUAAGAGAAGACCAUUCUCCUUGACCUAGCUGCAAAUGCUUGGACAGGAAAUUCCGGGAAUUGUGUCCUCUGCAGUUUGCCAUCUCUUCACGUCUUAACUUUUUUGGCAUAAGUGAUGGAAAAUGUGGUCAUAGCAAUUGAAUCUUAAAGUAUCAUGGUCUAAAAUGAAAAGACCAGCUUUAUUGCCAAGUGCGUGGCUUCAUGGGCCUAGUUUAGCUAAAAGUAAGGCCAUUCCAUGCUGCAUAGGGUCCUUGGUUGCCAAAUGGUGAUUAUAGGAAAAUGAAAGAUAUUUCCAUUAAAACAGAUGGCAUUGCCAUUGAUCUCAUAGUAAUAUAGAACAUAGUAAUUUAAGGUGCAUUUGAAUGCAUGAUAUACUGCAUUAUCAAAGAAUGUAAAUUGACAUGAAUUCACUAGGGAAUUACAUAUUUUAGGCAAAAAUAAUUCAGUUGGAAACAUUAUCUCAGUCGUGUUGUGGAGUUCAUAAAAGAGAAAAACAGGACACAAAAACCCCCCCCCAAAAAAAAUAAAUAUAUAUAUAUAUAUAUAUAUAUAUAUAUAUAUAUAUUUAAUUUUUUUUUUAUUUAUUUUUUUAUUUAUUUAUUUUUUUCCUCAUGUUUUGUAUGGGAUAAAACAAACAAGAAAAUAUAUGACCAAGCAUAGUAUGCAAAAACAAUGAAAUGGAUAGCUAUGUAAACACCUUGUUCUUUUUAGAUUGAAAACCCUGUUCUUGGCGUUAAAGAAACACUCCAGUACUACAGCGCUGGAGCCCUCCCAGUAUAAGUAUGCAAAUUAAAAAAAUAUUUGACAACUUAUCUGGAUCAUCUCCUCCUCCGCAGCUUGGAAACUCUCUGUUUUGAGCUAGUUACAUUAAAGGGACACUGUAGGCACCCAGAUCAUUUCAGCUGAUUGAAGUGGUUUGGGUGCUGUGACCCUUUUGCACCUCGUGCUGCAAUGUUAAAGCGCCACUGUCAUGGCCGAAUCCAGUUUCUUUUUUUUAACUCCCCUCCCGACUCCACUACAUCUAAUUGUCCCCAUAAACACUCCCAAAUGCCUCUAAGCCCCCCAUAUUAACUAUUUUGUAUCUUUAUUUUCUGCCCAGACCUAGGUCCUGGGCACUGCCAUCUUUGUGUGGGUAGAUGAAGUCCCUGUGUGACAUGUCAUCUGCCCACACUAGAUAGCACUGUGAAAUUCCUGCACAUGCCCAGUUAAACACUUGGGCAUUUGCUACAGGAAUUUUGUCUAUUAAUUCGUCAGAAAGACGAAUGAAUGAAUAGAAAUUUCAGAUGAACAAACAAACAAACACUGAAUAUAGGUGUUCAUUUUCUCGUUUAUUACAAGGAGGGAGCCAGCGGCCAUGCAGCUCCCUCCUUGUAAAAUGUAAAGAUAGAAGCGGCAGUUAGCAGUGCUCCCCACCACUUCCUAAGCCCCCAUGUCCUCCCUCACUCUAUGGGGGUCAAUAUGACCCCAUAAUAGCAUAUUAAAAUCUCCUGUGGCUGCACACUGUUGUAAAAAAACCCCCAAAAAACCCCCUUCCAACAAGUAGCCCCACAAGUAGCGUGGGGUCUAUGCAAGUAAACAGGGGACAUAGGGUCCACGAGCAGUGGGUGGGGGCCCUAAUUGAAAAUGGGGGAUGGGCUAUUGUCCUCCUGCCUCGGCCCCCACCCCUGAGCGGCAUGUGGGGACCCUAAUUGACAAUGGAGUGGACACCUAUUGUCCUCCCCCCGGCCUCCACCCAUAAGUGGCGGAUGGGGGGCCCUAACUGAAAAUGGGGGGGUUAUUUUUUGGGGGGUGUGGGUGUGACUAGGGGCUUGGGGACCCCUGGUCACCUGGGCGGAGGUUUUUUUUUUUUUACAUUUAGCCCCCACCCGUCACCCAUGUGCGGAGGCAGGGGGGAGGACAAUAGGUCCCCCCCAUUUUCAUUUAGGGCCCCCACCCACCGCUCAUGGGUGAAGGCCGGAUGAGGAGAACAAUAGGUCCUCCCCCUUUUACAUUUAGGGCCCCACCCACCGCUCAGGGGUUGGGGCCGGGGGAGGGGACAAUAGGUCCCCCCCCAUUUACACUUAGCGACCCCACCUGCCGCUCGGGUGGAGGUCAGGGCGAGGAUAAUAGGUCCCCCCACCCAUUGUCAUUUAGUGCCUCCACCUGCCAGACAGCCACUGGGGGCGCUUCCAGAAUCGUAACGAACUUUUGUCCCGUUAUCUGUGCGGAGGUCUAAUGCGAGCACGUGGCCAUUGCCGCGCAUGUGCAUUUGGUCUGCCUGGCGUAAGGAAAGGAAAACCAAAAUGUAAAAAAAAUAAAAUCACAAGACUGCUUUAGUGGUGGUAGUGGUAGUGGUAAUAAUAAUAGUAGUUGAUAAGUCUAUACAUCUUUAUUAACUGUUUGUUUCUUUACUCCAGAUUUCUGAAUAAGGAGGGAAGACAUCUUACCUGAUCUUUCCAGCUUAGAAAUGGAAGUAAACCAUAGAGAGGAUGCCAAUUCUAUUAGCCCAUCAGAAGACAGCAACGAACAGGCAUGUUCAUCUGUAGACUCAGCCGAGGAAUUCGAUCCACCUGAGGAGUCAAGCACCCAGGACGAAAAAAAUCCUCCAAUAUCCAGUGACAAUAUUGAUGAUGAAAUUGAAACACAAAAUGUUUUUGAUGAGGAGGGAACUUGCUUUUCAGAUGAUGCAAAAGAUGCUGACAUUUGUAAGAAACUUCUUGCUAAGUAUAUGUGCAUGGUAUGUGGUAAGAUGUUUUAUCGGAAACCUGAUUUUACUGUUCAUCAGAGGACGCACACGGGGGAAAGACCAUACGCUUGCACUAUAUGUGCAAAAAAGUUUACUCAAAGCUCUAGUUUAGCUCGACACCUUAGAGUCCACUCUGACGUAAAACCUUUUAUGUGUACAGAUUGUGGGAAAAGUUUUAGCCAGAACUCACAUCUUGUAACACACCAGAGAAUACACACUGGCGAAAAACCUUAUUCUUGUAAUGAAUGCGGAAAAUGCUUCAGUGGGAGCUCAAAUCUGGUGAAGCACAAGAAAGUCCAUGCUGGGGAGAAAGCUUGGCAUUGCCCUGGAUGUGGCAAAAGCUUCACAUGCAGCUCACAGCUCCGUACACAUCUUCGGGUCCACACCAAUGAAAAACCCUAUGCUUGUGAAAUAUGUGGUAAGUGUUUUAGCAGCAGCUCAAAUCUAGUUACUCAUCAGAGAGUCCACACCGGGGAGAGGCCUUAUAGCUGUUCUGAAUGUGGAAAAAGGUUUACUCAGAGCUCAAGUCUUGUAGUGCACUGGCGAGUUCACACGGUGGAGAAACCAUUUACAUGUACAUUCUGUGGGAAAGGUUUUAGCCAUAACUCUCUUCUCGUCAAACACCAGAAAACUCAUACUGAAGAGAGGCCCUACAUCUGCAUUGAGUGUGGAAAAGGUUUUACUGGUAGCUCAGCUCUUGUUAGGCACCAGAAAGUGCAUACAGAAGAAAGACCAUAUACUUGUAUUGAAUGUGGAAAGAAAUUUAAAGACAAGUCAAGCCUUGUAAGACAUACUCGAGUUCACAAUGAAGAGAAACCAUAUACUUGUGCAAGCUGUGGAGAAAGCUUCAAUGAUGGCUCAAUUCUUUUAGAACAUCUUAGGACCCAUGUUUCGGAAGAGACUGCAAUAAAUGAGGGCUGAUUUUUUUUUUUUUUUUAUCAAAUCGCUUAUCACAUUUUUUGGCCUUUACUUCUAAGGUUAAAUUUUUUUAUUGAUCUGUGUAAAAAAAAUUAGAAAAUUGAACAGUAUUGUUAAAUCAUAUCUAAGACACACAUAUCCUUUAUAAAUCAGAGUACUGGUUUCACAUUUCAGUAGACCAUUGCAAGAGUCUAAGUCUAUUUAAGCACCAUAACAGUGCACUGUGGUGGUUAUGGUGUCCAUAUUCCUCCGUCACUGUGCCAGGUAGAGGUGUCAAGCCAUUUUCAAAUGAUUCGACAUUUACCUUGCUCUUUCAGGAGCUUGCAGUUUUACCUGUCUGCACUGAAGUUCAUUUCUCUGCAUUAGCAUUUCACUGUGGAACAACUUUGGACAUUUUUUAAGAACUGUGCAGAUGGAAGGGACUCAACAGAGCCAGCUAACUGUCAAACUAUUUGUAAAUAGAUUGAAAGCGUAUCCUGGUCUUGUUCAGGGGACUCCUGGCACCAUAACCACUACAGUGUUCUUAGUGGUUUUGAUUCGUAGAGUAUCAAUUUUAACCUUUGUUUUAUUUAUUCCCGUGUGAUAAUUCUUGCAAAGAUGCACUAAGACAAAGCGAACCACUACUGCAAAUGAACAUAACAUAUUGAAAACAAAUGUUCACUACUUAUUUUGGGUGCUGUUAUUUGACAUAUUGAGUAUAUUCAUAAAAUACUAUGUUGUGGUAAGUUUAGAACUGACUUGCAAAUGUAAAAUUUACAAAGCAGAUUAAAAAAAAACAAAAAAACGAUAUAUAUUUGCUCUUUUAAAAUGCAUUUUGCGAGUUUGUUCUUAACCCCUUAAGGACACAACUUCUGGAAUAAAAGGUAAUAAUGACGGGAUAUUUCCAUCAUAUGUCCUUAAGGGGUUAAGUCUCCAGAACUUGCUUUUACAUACCUGUUUGUGAGUGGUCAAUAUUUUGUCAUGAUACAUUGAUAAUUUAAUGCAUGUGCCAAUAUGUUGUUUUAAACUUGCUGCUAGCCAUGUACUUAUGAAAUGACAAAAAUUGUUCACAUGGUAAAUGUUCCUUAAUCCUACUGUAGCACCUUUGUGUACUUUUGUGCACACUUACGUUUGUACAGAGGAAUCUACUAUUCAUGUGCCAAAAUGUAAUAGUUUUUUGAUGUGUGUUUGUUUACACUUAUAUAUAUAUAUACAUUUUUUCUUUUUCUUCUUUUUUUGUUUUUUAAUUGCAGUAAUUGUAUUCCUACCAGUUACACAAUUUGUGUGGCAGAUUUAGUUUUACUAAAUUUAAAAGCACAAUUUUAAAUACAUUUCAAACGUAUUCCUAACACUAUAGUGCCUGUGUGGCUGUUUAGGUCCCCGGCACCCCUUAGAUCGUCCUGAAAAGGUGAUUUUACUCACCUUUUUUCCAAUGUCGUCUGGUCUCGUUACGGCGGUCUCUGUCUCCAUGACUUAGAUAAUCAGUUUUCACGAUCUCAGCCAAUCCAAUGCUUUCCCUUUAUGGCAGCAAUUGUACAUGCCUGGCAAAAGACAGCGCUGCACCAAUCAGCAUUUCAUCAUAGAAAUGCAUUGAAUAAAUGCAUCUCUAUGGGGAACGCUCAACAUAUCCAUUCCAGAAGCAGCUCUAGUGGCUGGUCUGACUGACAGCCACUAAAGAUGUAACUCUCCUGCAUUGUAAACCCUGCCUUUCCUCUGAAAUGGCAGUGCUUACAUUGAAAAGACUGCAUGGACUGUAGACCCCCAGAAACACUACAUUAAGAUGUAGUUGUUCUGGUGACUGUAUUGUCCCUUUAAAGGAAUAUUACAAGCACCAUGUAAUAUAACCACGACAGCGCGCCAUUCCACAAUAAGACGUCAAACUAUUUUAGCAUUGCUUAGCACUGCUUGACAACUUACCUGGCACCCAUUCUACAUCUGAUCUUCUGCAGGAGGACAAUCCAGGUGUCUGUGUAGAGCAAAGAAGGAUCAUACAUCAUGUUCUUCUACGCUCUAUAGACACAAUUAACUCCUCCUGUAGGAGAAGAGCAGACGUGGCAUGAAUGUCAGGUUAUUUGUCAAACCAUGCUAAAGCUGACUAUAGCUCCCAGUUUAUUAUCAUUUGUUUAUUCUAUCUAUGGUCAUUUAUAUGUUAUUAUAAUAUAAUAAGCAAAUUGGUUUUAAAGUUGGGGAAAUGUUCACUUGCUUUUAGGAAAUUUUUAUUCUAAUUUUGAACAUGCUUCGCAAAAAAAAAUGUUGUAGGCAUUGAGACUGAAUUGUAGAAUUUUUGUUUAACAAACGGAAAUUACAGUACGAAAAUGCUAUGGUUUGUUAUAUCCUAUCAAUUAUCACUGCAUAUUGAAAACACAUUAACAAAGGUGAAUCACAGUUACAAAAAAUUGUAAACUUUGACUUUGUAAUCCUCCAUAAUGUUUAUGUUUAAGUGAAAACGUAGAGGUCUCAUCGAUGUAAAAUGCAUACAGAAUUUUCUGAUGUCAAAUGUAUUAACCCCUUAAGGACCAAACUUCUGGAAUAAAAUGGAAUCAUGACAUGUCAUGUGUCCUUAAGGGGUUAA